AUGGUUCUUCCCAGCCGUAGGUCCCUGAAUCGCAGCAGCCGCAAGGGCUUUAAGAAGCACCGUCCAGACAUUAUUGUUAUUGACCUGAAGGACCAUGUGUUGGGUCGUGCGGCCGCGAUAGUCGCCAAACAGCUGCUUCUCGGAAAGAAGAUUACUGUGGUUCGCUGUGAGAAGCUGACUAUCGCUGGGUCGGAGAUUCGCAACAAGAUCAAGUACCUGCAGUUCCUUCGCAAGCGGAAGCUGUCCAACCCGAAACUUGGACCCUUUCACCACCGUAGCCCCUCUGAUGUGUUUAUCCGGACAGUUCGCUCCAUGCUGCCGCGUUACACAAAGCGAGGCCAGCGCGCGCUCCGCCAGCUCGUUGCUUACGAGGGCGUACCCGUCAACGUCGUGCGUACCGGUGGUCGUGUAGUGAUUCCCAAGGCGCAGCGUCACAACUGCUACCGUAACGAGCGCCGCUUCACGGUGUUGGGUAACAUGUGCAAACACGUUGGAUGGAAGUACAGCGACGUUGUGGAGAAACUUGAGGCAGCCCGUAUUGAAAAGUCCGGGCGUCACCACAAGAAGAUGGAGAAGGUUCGCGUCGCUUGGAAGAAUGCCCGCAAGGAGGCCCUCAAGAAGAUGCCCCAGAAGAAUGUGGAGGUUCUCAAGAAGUUUGGUCUUGCGUGA